AAAUAAGACAUAGGCUACUAACAAAUUGACACUUUCAUUCACAUAACUAGGGCUCUUUAGUUCGAUUUGAAUUAUAUUGUAUAAUAGUAAUCUGAACUGAAUAUACUGGAUCUAUUUUACUUCUGUGAGCCUCAAUCAUUAUUAAAGGACUGUAAUAUCAAGUUAAUAACUUUCUCCUAAGAUUAUUAAGUACAGAGAAUGAAGUUCAGAGUUUUGUCUACCAUUUUCCUCCUCACAAUUGCAAAUGGAACAUGUGACAAUAAGGACUUUAUUCACCAACAGCCUUUGCUAGUUGCUGAACUGGGAAGCAGUGUGAUUAUACCCUGCUCUCACUCAGACGACUUUAUAAAUACUGUUUCAUGGUUUAAACAUUCUGUUGGCAAGAAACCACUUCUCAUAGCAUAUGCAGAACAUAGCUCUGGAAGUGUUACAUAUCAAAAUGACUUUGACAAGAGAAAUCGAUUCUUAAUCAGAAGUGGAACUGGCUCUUUUAAUUUGACCAUCAUGCACUUGGAAGAAUAUGACUUUGCAACCUACUAUUGUGUUGUGAGUUUUAUGAACCUAGUUAAAUUUGGAGAAGGGACAAUUCUUCUACAUAAAGAAAGUGACGGCAUAAGAAGGACUACAGUUCUCCAGCAGCCUGUAUCUGACAGACUUCAUCCAGGAGAUUCAGUGACUCUGCAGUGUUCAGUCAUCAGUCAGAUCUGUGCAGGACAAUACAGCGUCUACUGGUUCAAACAUUCAUCAGGACAUUCUCAUCCAGGAUUUAUUUACACUCAUGAUAACAGGAGUGAUCAGUGCAUGGAGAGAUCAGAGAAUGGCUCGUCUACCCAGAGCUGUGUCUACAGUCUCCCUCAGACUGAACUCAGACCAUCUGAUACUGGGAUUUAUUACUGUGCUGUUGCCACAUGUGGGAAGAUACACUUGGGAAAUGGAACUAAGUUGAUUAUUGAAGAAUAUUCAACUUUGACUAUUUGGAAUCCAGUUGUUUUAACCUUGUUCACAAUCAGCAUAAUAUCCAUAAUUGUAAACAUAUUUCUGGUGAGACUGAUUCACAAAAUCACAAAAAAGCAUAUUUUAUUAUUAUCCAAAGAAGCUUCAAAACAACCCAGAAAUCAAAGGAAUCAGACAGAAACAGAUGCCUUAAAUUAUGUAGCUCUGAAUUUCUCCAAAAAGCCUACCACCUCAACAAGAUCUUCACAGAAAACCAGCCAAGAAGAAACUGUUUAUUCACAGAUCACAAAGCAAUAGUUGAUAUAAUUACUAAUGCUAAGAAUGCUUCUUGUUGUUAGCAUAGCUUUGACCUGACAUUAUA